GCAGUUGAAGAGUUAGCAAAAGGGAUUUCCUCCUAACUGCCAUAUAAACAGGGAAAAUAAGUCUUGUCCGUACAUGCAACGUGAUGCCGGAUUUGAUGGAGAGAGCAGACCCACUCCGCCCCCAACCGCGGAUUACUCUCUGCACGUUCAGCACCACAGAGUGAGGACAGCUCCCACUAUCUUCCCAUUGAUCUGAGUGAGAGGGAGAAGGCUGAGCUUCAGGGAGGGAGAGACUCACAGCCAUCAGCUGCCUUCUCCUUCCAUCAAUUGCUCUCCUGAUCCCUGACCUCCUUGGGGACUUUGGAAAGGCUUUUUUUAGGACGUCUGAGAGACCGUCACUUUAACAGUUGUUGCUGCUGACAACUCUGUUCCUGUGGCACAUGUUUAUGUUGAAGGUAGGGGGAGCAUAUUUGGCAUCUCCUUCCUACUGCCUCUCCCAUCCCUACAAAACUGUCAUCAUACACCGUCAUUCGUGUCAGUCCUGCUUGUUGCACAGUAACUGCCAACUUCAUCCAGGUUAAUAUGAGAUUCCCUGUCCUUGUGCCACCAAGACUGGAGGUGGGCUCUUGGAUAUUACAAUUCUCUCCUUCUGGGGGACACUGAUUUUGGGGAUUUGGACGUGCUAUGGAGCCUGAAAGGUUUCCUCUUCUAUAAAAGGACUUUGCUCUGUGGUUCUGCCAGCAGGAAUCCUUAACUUUUUCUAGGUUGGCAAGGAGAAGACAGAGCUGUUUUCAAUAUGCCAGUACGGAGAGGGCAUGUGGCCCCACAGAACACUUAUCUGGACACCAUCAUACGGAAGUUUGAAGGGCAAAGUCGCAAGUUUCUGAUUGCCAAUGCCCAAAUGGACAAUUGUGCCAUUAUUUACUGCAAUGAUGGUUUCUGCGACAUGUUUGGGUACUCAAGGGUGGAAGUCAUGCAGAGACCCUGCACAUGUGACUUUUUGACCGGCCCAGAGACAACAAACAACAGCAUCACCCAACUUACUGAGGCUCUGCUGGGGUCGGAGGAGCGCAAGCUGGAGAUCCUCUACUACAGAAAAGAAGGCUCCUGUCUGCGAUGUUUGGUGGAUGUCGUUCCAGUGAAGAACGAGGAGGGAGAUGUCAUCAUGUUCAUCCUGAACUUUGAGGAUCUGGCAUUGCUCCUGGCGAGGAAGGCCAACAGAACUCUUCAUCAGCGACUGACAAGAGCUGCCUUGCGCUCAGAGAAAUCCAAAACGAAGACCAACUUCCUAAACUCCUCCACAUCAGAGUCCGACUUCAUGAAGUACAGGACCAUUAGUCAGAUCCCACAGUUCACUCUGAACUUUGUAGAAUUUAAUUUAGAGAAACAUCGUUCUGCCUCCACCACGGAGAUUGAGAUUGUGGCCCCCAGCAAUGCCUUUGAGAGGACCCAGAAUGUCACAGAGAAAGUCACCCAGGUUCUUUCCUUGGGGGCUGACGUGCUGCCGGAAUACAAGCUGCAGGCGCCGCGGAUUCACCGAUGGACCAUCCUCCAUUACAGCCCUUUCAAAGCAGUGUGGGACUGGCUAAUCCUGCUGCUGGUCAUCUACACCGCUGUCUUCACCCCUUACUCAGCCGCUUUCCUUCUAAACAACCAGGAGGAAGAGAGGAGCUGGGAGUGCGGCUACUCCUGCAACCCGCUCAACAUCGUGGACCUGAUUGUGGACAUUAUGUUCAUUGUGGAUAUUAUCAUAAACUUCCGCACCACUUACGUUAACAUAAAUGAUGAGGUGGUCAGCCACCCGGCUAAGAUUGCCAUCCAUUAUUUCAAAGGCUGGUUCCUCAUUGAUAUGGUGGCAGCUAUACCCUUUGACCUGCUCAUCUACAGGACUGGGUCAGAUGAGACCACCACUCUGAUUGGUCUACUGAAGACAGCACGACUAUUGCGAUUGGUGCGUGUGGCCCGGAAGCUUGACCGGUAUUCCGAAUAUGGAGCAGCUGUGUUAUUCCUUCUUAUGUGCACCUUUGCACUCAUUGCCCAUUGGUUGGCGUGUAUCUGGUAUGCCAUUGGGAACGUAGAGCGCCCUCUCAUGGUGCACAAAAUUGGCUGGCUGGACAAUCUCGCAGCUCAAAUUGGAAAGAGCUACAACGAUACAGACCUUAGCUCGGGGCCUUCCAUCAAGGACAAGUACGUGACUGCCCUUUACUUCACCUUCAGCAGUCUAACCAGCGUCGGAUUUGGCAACGUCUCUCCCAACACCAACUCAGAGAAGAUCUUCUCUAUCUGCGUCAUGCUCAUUGGAUCCCUUAUGUACGCCAGCAUCUUUGGGAACGUCUCUGCCAUUAUCCAGCGUCUUUAUUCGGGCACGGCGCGAUACCACACUCAGAUGUUGCGUGUGAAGGAGUUUAUACGUUUCCACCAGAUCCCCAACCCAUUACGGCAGCGACUGGAAGAGUACUUUCAGCAUGCCUGGUCAUACACCAAUGGGAUUGAUAUGAAUGCGGCUAAAAUGCAACUUCCGUCCGGAUCCCAAGCCAAGAUCAUCUGCCAGGUGCUGAAAGGAUUCCCCGAGUGCCUCCAAGCAGACAUUUGUUUGCAUCUCAACCGCACGUUGCUUCAGCAUUGCAAAGCAUUCCGUGGUGCCACAAAGGGAUGCCUACGGUCACUGGCCAUGAAAUUCAGAACUACACAUGCCCCUCCUGGAGACACAUUGGUCCACUACGGAGAUGUGCUGACCACUCUCUAUUUCAUCUCCCGUGGCUCCAUAGAGAUCCUCCGAGAUGACAUUGUGGUGGCAAUUUUGGGAAAGAACGACAUCUUUGGUGAGCCAAUUAACCUGUAUGCCCGUCCUGGAAAGUCCAAUGCAGACGUGAGAGCCUUGACAUAUUGUGACCUUCACAAGAUCCAAAGGGAAGACCUUCUGGAGGUCCUGGAUAUGUACCCAAUCUUCUCCGACAGCUUCUGGAGUAACCUGGAGAUCACUUUCAACCUCAGAGAUACGGACAACAUUCCCCGAUCCCCUGAAAGUGAAGAGUAUAACUGUACCUACGGGCGCAAUCGCAGAUGCAAGCAGCCAGGGCGGCGCCAGAAGAAGCAUGAAGGGGUGGAUGAGGUGAAUUCGGAUGCAGAACCGUACCAUACAUUCUCAGAACUCGCCAACAUGCAGAGGCCGAUGAGUCGGGAGCAGUGGGAGGAUAUGGCCAGUAGCACCACACCCUGCUCCCAGAACAGUGAUGAUGAGACCAAGCCUCUCAAUUCGGCACGAGGGGACAUAGAACCCGCUGCAGAGAAGCAAGAGUUUAUUCCUGCUGUGGUGAAUUUAGUCACAGCCAAUAUUAGUAGCAGGGAAGGGGGCAGGAAAGUUUUGGAUAGUGUGGAGACAUAUUCAGCCGCCCCUAUUGAAGUUCCCAAUUUGUUUAGUUUUUGGGGUGAAAGACACUCGGCAGGAUGCUCAGAGACCCAUCAGCACAUUUCACUGGUGCACAAUUCUUUGGAACCCCCACUUAGCCCAGACGACCGACCAAGCGAGCUCGAAUCCCGUCUAGAGCUCCUCCAAACGCAAUUAGAGAGGUUGGAGACUAGGAUGUCCUCUGAUAUUAGUAUCAUUCUGCAGCUGCUGCAAAGACAACUUUCCCAGAUACCCCCUGCAUACAGCUCAGUCUCCCCCAGCACCCAGAACCUGGGGCUCUAUCAAACAACAUCCAAGAGCGUCGAGCCAGUGCAGAGCAGUCCUUCAAUACCCCCAGAGUCCCCUGUAUCUUCUCUUCAGAGCCCUUGUUUGACUGACUACAUUGACGUGGAGCCUUUGAAUAUUAAACCCAAUACUUUAAAUCUUCACACCGGUUCCCAAGAAACCUCAAUUUCCCCCCCUGGGAAUGGACAUUCCCCAGCCCAUAUUGGUCAACCCCCGGGAAACACUUCACAGCCAAUGCAUGGAGGCUUCCGAUUUCCUUCUCUGCCUGAGAACUUGGAAUGCUCCUCUUCUCCGGAUCAGGAGUUUCAAAGACACCUUUCAGACCCGGGACUUCCAGGAAGUUAGGGCCACUUGAAGCUGAUUAUUACUGAAUUAAAGCUUUUCCCUUGUGCUGGAGAAAGAAGGAGGGAGAGAGAAGAUAAGUCUCAUCAUGAAAUGAUCCCCCACCUUCCCAACUACCAACAGUCUAAGCAUAGAAUAGAAUUUUGUUAAAGGCCAUGUCUGUUGGGUGAUGAAGAACGACGGGGCAAUACAUGCCCACCUCCUAAAUGAUGUUAGAUACCUGCGCUAGACUUCUAUAAAUGAUCUUGGCUCUUGGCCAAUGCCAUAACAAUCAGCUACUGGUCAGUACAGAAAUCCGGCUACAGAAAAAAGCAUUCGGUUCCACACAAGGACACUCCUAUUAAAAUGUUAUAUGACAUAAUAUCGCAUUUAUAGAUUAUAUAUAUAUAUAUAUAUAUAUAUAUAUAUAUAUAUAUAUAUAUAUAUAUAUAUAUAUAUAUAUAUAUGAAAAUAUUUCUUUGCUACUUGGAAAUCUAAGAUAUGUGUAACUGCAUGUUGGAAAUAUAUGGAAAGAUAAAGCCAUAUAUUUGCCUUCACAGGUUUAUAUCCCUGGCUGUCGUGGAUAGAGCUGCUGCCUCACCCCAUUAAAAGAGAACAGAUACUGACUCCA